GGACGUCUGCGCACUAAGAUACUCAGAUCCAAGUUUGGAGCUUUUAGCUGCCAGCCCUGGCCCAUCAUGUAGGUGCAGCAGAGCCUUCCCUUCCAUUGCAAUUGGGGAAAAAAAUACUUUGCAAUCUGUUUUGCAAGGUGUGCAAUUGCACCGCCCCUCUCUGCAAAGACAUCUGCUGCAGCAAGUCAGAAAAACUCCAGUUGCAUGAAGAUUGAGCGCUUGCAGUUUGCAUCUUUGUUGCAAAACUAGCUACAGAAGAGAGGCAAGGCAAAGUCUUUUGUGCUCCCCUCCCCCAUCAAAGCAAAGGGGAAAAUGUCUCAGCCGAGAGGCAAGAAGAGAAACCCUGGGCUGAAAAUUCCUAAAGAAGCGUUUGAACAACCACAGACAAGCUCUACGCCCCCUCGAGAUUUAGACUCCAAAGCCUGCAUCUCUAUUGGCGAGAAGAACUUCGAAGUGAAGGCCGAUGACCUGGAGCCGAUCUCUGAACUGGGCCGAGGUGCUUACGGGGUGGUGGAGAAGAUGCGGCACAUGCCUAGCUCACAGAUCAUGGCGGUGAAGCGGAUCCGAGCCACAGUGAAUAGCCAGGAGCAGAAGAGGUUACUGAUGGACUUGGAUAUCUCCAUGAGGACGGUAGACUGCCACUUCACAGUCACUUUCUAUGGUGCGCUCUUUCGAGAGGGAGAUGUGUGGAUUUGCAUGGAGCUGAUGGAUACCUCGCUGGACAAAUUCUACAAACAUGUCAUUGACAAAGGCCUGACGAUUCCUGAAGACAUCUUAGGGAAAAUAGCCGUCUCUAUUGUAAAAGCACUAGAACAUCUACACAGUAAGCUCUCCGUAAUUCACAGAGAUGUAAAGCCCUCUAAUGUGUUGAUCAAUACACAGGGGCAGGUGAAAAUGUGCGAUUUUGGAAUUAGCGGUUACCUCGUUGACUCUGUUGCUAAAACCAUGGAUGCAGGAUGCAAGCCCUACAUGGCUCCUGAAAGAAUCAACCCAGAGCUAAACCAGAAGGGAUACAGUGUCAAAUCGGAUAUCUGGAGUCUGGGAAUCACUAUGAUCGAACUGGCGAUCCUGCGGUUUCCAUAUGACUCUUGGGGGACGCCGUUCCAGCAGCUCAAACAGGUGGUGGAGGAGCCGUCGCCGCAGCUUCCGGCAGACAAGUUCUCAGCGGAGUUUGUCGACUUUACCUCACAGUGCUUGAAGAAGAAUUCCAAAGAACGGCCAACAUACCCAGAGCUUAUGCAACACCCUUUCUUCACCCAGCACGAAUCCAAAGAGACAGACGUGGCUUCUUUUGUAAAACUCAUCCUGGGAGACUGAGAAACGGACUUGUACACGAUUUGCCUUUCUGUGGACUGGUGGGUUUAGGGGAAAAGGGGUGUGCGGCGGGGCUUGGUCACGAAAGCACCAAUAGAAAGUCGCCUUUUAAAAAAAAAAUGUAAAUCCCCGCCUCGCCAAUGUUUUUAAAGGGUUCUUUGGUAUCCAUAGUGACAUAGAGUGAACUGGUUAGUGAAAUGAAUUUUAAUAAGGUUGGCACCCUUCAAACAAACAAAAUAAUUUUUAACAAGGGUGAUUGAAAUAUUUAAUGACUGUCAAAAUGCCAUCCCCCUCCAUGCCCCAACCUUCUCCUUAACCCUCUUCCCUUGUUUCUGUCAAAUUGCUUUUGUCAUGGUAAUAGGUGCUAUGGUAGUCAUGAAGUUGUAUGUAGAUUUAUAUUUUGUCCCUUCCAUUAUUUUAAUAUUUAUGUUAAGUGCUGGAUUGAAUAGAUUUCUGUUUUAUAUGAGAAUGAACGUGUGAUGAUGAUGACGAAAAUGAGGCUACAGCAAGCAAUAUUUAUAGGGCUUUGCUGUGGAAAGGGUUAAAAGGAGAAAAGGAAAGAGAAAAAAAAAAGAGAGAAGAAGCCUGUAUGUUGUGGAAAACUAUUUAAUGUACAUUGUUAAAGAAUUUUUAACAAGGAUCUUGGUUCAAAUGCCGGGGCUACCUCGGAAAACACACUGAGGGGAUUGAUAGGAUCUCACAUGAUGUGGGACGCGGUCGGGCACAGGAGAGAUUGCUCUGAUGACACGUAAAGAGGAAACACAGCUUGGUUCUCAUGGUGUUUGCGGUGCAUUCCCAGCGCACGGCGUUGCUAAAGCCUCUGGUUCCAGCGGUUUAGACGCGUGUCUGACAGGCAGUGAUGUCCUGAGGCAGAAACGUAGUGACUGGGACUAAUGCAGGGAGGAAAGGUUUGUUUUAAAGUGCGUGGCAAUGUGAAGAGGCAAUAGGUGAUCCCUCACCUGGCUAUGAAUUCGGGAGCGUUUCAUAGAGAACCUUGUGCUGAUGUUAGAGUUCAGGUUUUGUGGUGGUUUUGGCCUCGGAAGGGAGUUUUCCUGUCCUCCCUGAACAGAAAGGAACAUUAUGGAUGGCUGGAUAUCUGCAAAGGGGGAAGCAGGGACAGAGGAUUACGUCCCAGGGUGGGUUUCCAAAUUUCCAAGCACUACACAGACAGAAAUCCCCUGAACUUACCCACAGUCAUUUGAAACGCUAACGAGCUCCGCAGGAACUCCUGCUGGAGUGCAGUUUGAUUCACAUCCAGGGCCGGUCAGGAUGAUCGAUGCAGCUGUGUGUGUUAGGCUAUUGCACACACUGCAGGUGCCCCUCGGAGGGCUUCAGUCCAGGAAAACCCGCAAGGAAACCACAGCUACACCGAUCCCAGGAGCUUGUUGCCAUUGGACAUGGUCCACAAAGAAAACUGCUAGCCAAGGGAGAAGAACAUUGGGGAUGUCAGGAUGGGAGGGAAAGACAGCAUAAGAAUGCUGCUCUCGUGUUAACACAGUAACUGGUGCUCUGUAGGGUGAGCAGAUGGACCUUAGCUCUGCUCUCGGUGACUCCACUGACUCCAGAUUCACUCUGGUGUCAUCGAGCAGAACGUGGCCUGAUCAGCUUUCCUGACUUGGCUCUUUCACUGCAAUCCGGUCUUUGCGCCUUGUCUCCCUUGAUCUCUUCCCUCUCACCCUCCCGGCAAGGCAGAAUGCAUGUGUGCGAUGUCUGUCUCCCCGUUCUGUCUCUUAAAAGCCACCCUCUCAGCACUAUGCCUCUCUGCUGGGAGGGUCACAGACAGAAGCUCCAGAUUUGCCGAUUUGGGAGCCGAGCCCCAUGUCGCUCCAGAACAGCCGGGAAAAUUGGUGCUAUGCCAGUCAAGAGAGCUCCUCUUCCCCAGCUUAUGUGCUGAGGGCAGCCUUUUCUAUUGCAUCACGGGAAACAGAAAGCUCCCGCUCUGACCCAGUCUUAGGCCUCCCCCACCUUUGUUUGCCUUUCUCACCCGUAUCAAGGGAAGGAAGAUCCACUGAGGCAGAGCUAGGGUGGGGAGAGGGAAAGUAAUACGAAAACCCACAGCAGCCCUAGCUGAAAUCCCUCGAAAUCCGCUCAGGCCCAGAAAGGAACUGCCCGAAGAGUAGCUCUCACUGCGGCACAAGACUCAGGGCCAAGUUGUGCCUUGUUUCACACUCUCCACCAGAUCGUCAGCUGGUGGAAAUGGGCGUAACUCUAUGGGCAAGCCCAAAGCAUCCAUUUGUGAAGUGAUCCAAUUCCCCAAGGCUGCAUUGUUCCUUUGCAAGGUCAGAGGGGGAGGAUGGUAAUUUGCAUUGCAUCUGUCCAGGGCGGGGGUCAUUAGUAAUUGAAGUGCUUAUGGGAGUUCUACCAUCUCGUUCACCAGGAUCCCGUCAUUUUGCACCACAUACUUGCUACGUCCGUCGUUUGAGGAGGCUCUGGAGAGUUCAGAGUUUGGAUUGUGGGAUAGUUCCCUGGGGGCGCAGGGUCCUGAAGAAUUAAAUUGGUUGCAAAGACUUUGGGUAUGUCUGUGCUAUAAUCACAGGGGCUGCCGUUUGAGCAGACAUACCCAAGCAAAGCUAGCUUGGGUCUCGGAGACGUGAAGCGGCAGCAGUGUGAGCUGCAGAUUGGGCUAGCCCAAUGAAUAAUUUCCCAGGGUUCCAGGCUGGCUUGCACAGCCUGCUCUGAAAGUCAUGCUGCCUCGGUUUCCCUGUCCUAAGCGCUGAGCUAGCUAAAUUACAGCUAGCUUGGGUCUGUCUGCUCGAGCUGCAGUUGUGCCCAGUGAUUACAGCAUACCAAUACCCUUUGUGUGAAGAGGUUCCUUGCUCUCCUGCUUCAGCACCCCUUUGUAAGUUUUACCUCUCUCUCACAUGAUCCCAUGGGGAACUUCCAAGGAGAUGUUUUGUUGCAGAUGAAACACAAGGUUCUUUUACAUUUCAGUGUAAUUUUAAAGGCCACAGGGGGGCUCAUAAUCUGCGCCCUGGUUUUCAGCUUUGUGUGUGUCUGUCUUUUCUCUCUCACACUUUCACGUAGACUCUGAGCUGUUUUGAUUGAUUGUCUUCAGAUGCAGCAAAAGUCCAGCCAGCCAGCCAGCUUAUAGAGCUGGUUCCAGCGUCAAUUCUCACUUGAAAAACAUGACAUUUAAAAACAGCCUUUGGUUUUCCUGCAUAUGGAUCUGAUGCUUUCGUUAAAGAUCGGUUUUGCCUUUUUUCUCUUGGAAUAUAAGUCUCAUUUAGACACUAAAUUCCCUUGACCUCAGAGCAUCUUUAUUCCAGUGCCAUGGUAACUGACGGGUUGAAUUUAUGGGAUACCGUCAAAGAUCAGUAUUAACAGCAGAUAUUAAUAUCCCCAGUGUUUUCCAACAGAAAACUGUCAGUGUUGUAUGCAGUUAGUAACCCUAUAAACGGAAUUGUGCAUGGCUCAACACUACAGGUCGAAUGUUUUCUUUUGUGCUUUUUACUCUUGUGAUGUCUGGCUCAUCCAAAAUCUUCUUGGUUUAAUUGCAUUAUAACAAAACAAGAAAGAAGGACUAUUGAAAAGAAACAGUCACCACGUUCCUCUGUCUGAUGUUCAAAAGCCUGAUUCUCUGCUGCCUUUCACCUUGGGUAGGCCCUUGAAUCAUUGCAGAGUAAGUGUAAUUUGCCACUGGUGAUGUGAGUGGAAAAUUCGGAUUGAGCAGCAUUACACGCCCACUUUGCCCAGUAUAAAUGACCGUGCUAGGUGUGGGUCAGUGGAGAAAUUUGAGAUUUGCUCUGUAUCUCAGCAUCCAUCUUGGGCAAAUAGCAAAACAAAGCUUGUAACAUCUGGGGAUCAUUUGAAAGCUUCUGAAAGUAGUGUGCCACAGGUCGUCUUGGGGGAAGCAUGGCCUAGUGGUCUGAGCACAAGAUUGGGAGUCAGGAUUCCUUAAACGCUUAGAUUACCAUUGUGGUGGCUCUUUUACUAACACUGUGGUAGUGGGCAGGUGUGUAAUCUCUGCCUCGGUUUCCCCAUCUGUAAAAAUAGAGAUAACACCACCUACCAGGACGGGUGUAUUGAGGGUUAAUUUUCUGGCUCAUGCAGUGAAGGUGAAAAGUGUUCUGUCAGUGUCUUCCCAAGACUCUAUUUCUGGACAUCACAAGAGGUCCCUCACUCCAUCACACACUCAGAGGGAAGGCUGGGGCGGAUUUGUUGCUGCUGUUUGUAUGGUAGGAUUUGUUUUUUUCUGGAGAAGAUUUUCCCAGGCAGCACACAAGACUUUAAACAGAGAUCCGUCCUUUCUUUUACCGUGUUCGCUGGUUAUUGAGGAGGUGUUCCUAACUCACGCCCACAGGGGCUGGGUUUGUGGUGGUGGAGCGGCAGUGUCUGGAGGCAGGGGGAGCUAGAGAGGGCCUUGCUCAGAAAUGGCUCUUUAAGUGGGGAAGCACGCACUCCCCCAUGUGCCCUGUUGCACAUCGGCAGGUGAGGGGGAGGGGCGUAGCCAUGCCAGUCCGCCCAAUCGUGCUCUCUUUGGGGUGUACAGUGCUGCUGCCCUACACCUUGUGCUUAAGAAGCCCUGGCUCAGCUAGCUGGUGGCCUUCUGCAUGUGGGCACUGGUAACGAAGGAGCUCCCUGCACCCCUUUCCCUCCCCACCUUGCACAGCCAUCAAGGGGCAGCCAGAAUAUGGCCCCAGGCUCUUUGUAUUUCACAAGGGCCGCCUAUGCUUGCUCCUUCGGCAAAGGUGUCAUGCCAACACCACCCUUGUUCCCUUCAGCCCCAGGUGAUAGGUGGUGUGAAACGGGGAUUGUGUCUACACUGUAGAUUCCAGCAGAAGGAGGCAGUGGGUGGAGCGGGAGGAUCUCCUUGAUAUGCAGAGGGAGCACACAACAAAGGCAUUUACACACACGCAAACAUGGCCAGUAUUUCUUGCUGUUCGCUUCAGUAGAAGAGUCUGCCUCAAACCUUUCGUAGAAAUUGUAGAUGGGAAAGACCUGCUAGGCCAUCUUAUCCAUUUCCCUACCAAUGCAGCAUGGAUCCUUGCAGCCCAUUCACUAGAGCUUGGUCCAGUCUAGUUGUAAAAGUCUCAAGCAGAAUGGCUUCUAUCCCUUCUUGUCCCUGCUGCAAAAAACACGUCAAAAUGCUCCUUGUCCUCUCUUCCACCUCAUUGAUGUCCAUCCUCCAUGGACCAUGCUUGGUGCUUACACACUUUCAGAUGGAGAUCAUUAUCACAUCCCUCCUAGGUUAGCAUGCCCCCAAACCAGCUCAAAAAUCAGCUCCUUCCAGCCUCUUAAUUACAUAUUUUUGCUUUUCAUUGAAUUUCCUCCUAUUUAUUGACAUCUUUCAGUUACCGAGCAAUUAGUUAUAUUCAGUUUUGCUGAUGGGAGCGGGAUCAAGACAAACAGUUGCCUUCACUGGUCGGCUUUUAUUGGUGCAUGGGGGGAAUAUUGCAGAAUGUUUACUGCUAUUAAUGGAGUAAAAUCUCCUGACCCUAAAAAUGGGAAAGAGACUUGUUAGGGCUAUAGAUUCUCAGCUGGCAUAAAUUGGUGUCGCUCCAUUGAUUUAGCUGGAGUGACGCUGAUUUACUCCGGCUGAGACUCUGGCCCCUUUUGUAUAAACAGCUAUUCUACAAUAAUAAAGUUUAAUGAAUGGAAAUUUCCCCUGGAUUCACAUAAAGUAGCAAGUUCCACUCAUUAAUCUUUAUUGCCGCAUUAUGGCUGUUUAUGUCUAAGGAAUCUUGUCUCCCUGUUGUGCAUAUGUAUUUAUGUAGUGGGAGGACUGGGGUGAGAAGUGCAUAUAAAAGAGACAUAACUGACCUGAUGUCCACAUAUUUUAUAGUCUGUAACUUCCUCCCCUAGUUGAUUGUUUCCUUGAAAGCUGUUAACUGGCAGCAAAGGAGGUGUUACAGAGCUUUGUCUGCACAGCUGGCCUUUUUGCUCCACUAUGAAAUCCAGAUUGUUUCUUGUGAAAAAAGAUCAGAUCUCCAAAUUAAUAUUUCAGCUCAGCCUUUAGUGGAGCAGGUGGAUAAUAUGGAAUUUGACGAGUUCUGGCAGGCAGGCGCUCUUGCUCCCCCACACCUCGAUGGGAAGAAACAGCUGCUGUUGAGGUCUCCCCAGGAGACAGAUGUGUUUCUCUAGUUGAAAGAGCAUUUACUAACCCCUGCGAUGCCAUGCAAUAAAGUCAGUUGAUUUCACUUAGGAGAGUAUCUGCCCCUUCCCAGUGGGGGUUUUUUUUUUAUUCCCAAACCUGUUGCCUUUGCAAGUUGUCGACUGAGUUUUUAUUGUGGGCAUGGCAAGGACACCGUUGUAUUGGAACUAUGGGCAGAUGACUGCUGCGCAAUGCUUGGUUGCACAAACCCUCUCUAGUAAAAAAAUAUUUCAAGUAGUGGCACAGGAGAAAGAAAUCUUCCAGGAAAGUCAAGCAGCAGAAUGACCUUCAGCACUGGCAGUCUGAGAAGCGAGAGCUCAGUUAUAGUCCUGAUGCCUUCCCUUUGCCCCUCUCAGAUGCUGAUGUUUUUGCUUUCCUUUGAACAUAGUAGAGGAGAGACAAAGUGGCGUUGCGAAAUGUGAGCAUGUUGAGCAAAGGAUUGUUCCUUAGUAGAUUUCCCAUGGACCUCUGGCUGCUGGGCUGCAUAAAUGGAAUGUAAUCUAACAGUGGAAGAUGUGUGGGGAGGAGCACAGUCCCUGCAUGGCAGCAGGCAGAGGAAGUACCAAGGAACUGGCCACAGUGCUGAUCCUCCUAUUUCCCUUCUGCUCUUGGUGGGAAGCAGAGCAUAAGAGCUCACUGAGUAUGCCCGUGUAGUACACCCCAUAUAUCAUAGGCUGCUACAGGCACUAAGCAGCCCGGGAGGGAAGAUAGCUCCUUUCCCGUGUCCGGUGCAUCUGCUUAGCACAUGGCCCAACUACACAAGUCGUCCCUUUGCAACAUCAAAAUGUUUUUUAUCAAAUACCGAUUCCUACUGUUUUCAUCUCCCCAAGGCAGUCCCAGUGCAGGCUUUCAAGCAAAGAGCAGCAGAACCUUAAGAUCAACUAAAAUCCACUCUGACAAAUGUGGCUAGGGAGUCGAUAUGCAUAAGAACACGUAUUAGCUGGUAAGGAUAAAUUAGCUGGCAGUGUGUUUCUAGGACAUGACUUUGGCAGCAGUACAAAGACAAGAGAGCAAAGGGAAGUUCUACAAAGCCAAGAAAUGAGAGGAGACACCUUUUAGGAUUGUCUUUGAAUAUCCUAUUACAAGGAAUAGAUGACUUAUGGUCUAUUAGGGAAAGUUCAUUCCUCAUUGAAGCCAGUGGCAGUCCACAAGGGAUGAAUUUGACCGUGUGUUAUUUUACACCUAGCUGUUAUACCUUUACAGUUCUCAUCCCAAAGCUGCAUGGAAACUAUUGGCUACCAAUGUCCUCAUCUCAUUUUUUUGGCCAUCCUUUAAGGCUUGCCCUGUGUUCCUGGGAUUUCCGCAGCUUUUUGGGAGGCAGGGGCGUUGCCUGCUGUUGUUUUUAGGAUCCUUUUUAUUUAUUGAUUAAUUUUUUGUCCAGUGACUCAUGAUACGGCAGCGAGCCACAUUAAGUCAUCCAUGGGCGCAUACCUCCGAUGGGAGGCUACCACCAGCUGAGAGGUGUACCUGUGGUCCACUAAUGCAUGCCUCAGCUUGGCUUGUUGCUAUCAGAGUGUCGCUCGAUAAAAUCUUUUCCAGAAAUGGAGAAAGUCUGGAUUUACACCAACGGAACAGAGAUCUGAAUCUGUCACAUCCACAGCCAUGCUGCAAUGUGGACUGUGUUUACUUCCCAGAAGGAUUUACAGGUUCCCUAAAGCAAUGAGGCAAAACUCCAGGGGUUGAGUGGUUCUAUGAGGAUAAGCAGGCAGAAGCUCAGAAGCUUCUAAAGUCCUCUGGACAUAGUGAUGGAAAUCUCACAAGAUCAGAUGUCAUUUGAAGAUUUCCAAUACAUCGUGGGUUUGGCCGGAGCAGAACAACCUUCUUAUAGCUUCUCUGAUGAUAUUUUGAUAUGUUACUUCCACUUCUGGGCCCAGCCAAACCCAAUAAGGACAGAAUUGUGGAAUUUUUAAAUAGAAGGGGGGGAAAAGUGAACCAAGUUUUUUUUUAACUUGGUUGAAAAAUGUCUUUUUGGUGCGCACUAUAGGAAAGAUUCAGUCCAGUUCUGAUUAUAUCUCCUCCCUAAUUCUUCACCUUUAGAAGGUGAUAGUGGUCUUGAGUCUCACUUACACUAAGGUGCCUCCGCUUUGCCAGAACAGUGUAGAGGAGCUUUAAGGUAAAUGCGAUUUGGGCAUUCAGUCCUUUUGAAACUGGGUGGCCCCUGAUUUAGUUCAGUCUCAGUGCUAGAUUCUGUGAUAUGACUGUCCAGGUGUAUUCUCUGCUCGCAUUUACGCAGAAGUGACACACACCAAUUUGUGCCAGAAGACAACGUGAGAUAAGGGCUAGAGUACAACUUUUGGCCACGGUGUGGUGGUGAGAGCAGCCAUCUUAGAAUUAGGUUGGGAAAUUCUUUGACCUGUCCUAUGCAGGAGAUCAGACUAAAUGUUCACAGUGGUCCCUUCUGGCCUAGUGAUCUAUGAGCAACUGGGCCCUGCAGCCUCAGGGUGAAAUGACUUGUGCCAUCUCAUUCUUCAUACUGAAUCCAUGAGGAAAAGCCCAGGUUUCUGCCGGGUGCUUCACUCCUUCCGAUGACUGAGAGAGGAACAGGAGCAUUGACUGCACUUUUGAAGUACAGAUGUGCCGUAUAACUAACACUUGGCCCGUCGCUUGUAUCGCACAGAGUAUUAAUGAAGGAUAAGCUGCUACAGAUUCAGGUUGUUGUACAUACAGGUAUAUUUGUGAGGAAGGAGGGUGAGGAAUUAGUCCUAACUGAAGGGAAGAGGUUUUGAAACAGACUUUCAGAACAGCGGGCAGAUGGGCUGUUGUCUAAGGCUCAGAACCUCAGCUGAUGUACAUCACCAUUGCUCGGAUGAUUUCAGUGAAGCUACAAUGUCUGAGGUCAGCUGAAGAUCUGGGCACUGGACUGUCGUUUGGUUUUUGUGCCGGUAAUUCUGCCUCAGUAGAGUGAAUUUUCCUUGACUUAGCUCGUCCAGCCUUUUACUUUUUUCUGUUACACUGGCAGAUGAAUUUUGAAAUAUUGUAAUACCAAAGGAUGGGAACAUUACGUUUCUUUCCUCAGUUAAGAGUGGUAUUUUUUUCAACUAAAAGAACAUUCAGCCAUCCCUGAAUUUGCAGGAACAGUCUCUUAAAGUUUUUAGUCCUUCUCAGUCCAGUCGUGUAUUUUGUUUAAGAAGAAUACUGUGAAAAGGUAGGAAGUACUAGAAGUGAGAGGUGUAUUAAGGAGGUAUAUUAAGGGUCUACUAUGAGCUGGCAGAGGGCAGCAGAAGAGUUAAGAAGUUACCUGCUGCUCAUGGGGUAAACUGAAAUAAACUGCAGUCAGAAUCAUAGCUAUUUAAUCAGGAUGUAAUUCUGCUUUAAUGUACUCUGGUGUAAAUGCAGAACUCUCCAUCCAACACAGAGCACUCACUCCAGAUUUAGACCCUAAUUCUGUCGGAGUACGUUAACGUCAAUGGCAGUAGAAUGUGGCACAAAUUGUUGUGGAUAUAUCCUACCAUAGCUAAUGAAUUUUCAAAGCUAUGUCACCUUUUCAUUAUCUCUGAAGCUGUGAAUCAUGUGAAUGGUGUUUGUGGUGACACCUGCCAUUGUACUGAUCAAGGUUGGCUGAAAUAUUCACAGCAACAUCUUGAAAAAAAGCUGCUAAAUUUUGUUUCUUGCAAGUUAGGAAUAAACAUGAACCCUUGUCAAGGGGGAAAAACCUAGAAAUGACUGAAACUUUGAAAUCAAGUGGUUUAAAAAAAUUGGCCAAGAUAGAUUGAUUGAUUGAUUUUUUUGGCAUCGAAACAAAUGAAGUUUCCAAAUUUGCAGCAUUACAAUCUUCUCUUUCCUGGGGAAGUGGGAAUUUUUGUAAAAAGCAAAAAUGUCUUGCGAUGAAAUUUCUAGAAUCAGGUAGUAGAAAAACAAAUGGAACACCAGUUGCCUUGCAAAUGGGCACAUAUAAAGCAGCGUCUCCUGCUUUUCCAUACAUUCAAGUGGAAACAACUCUCUCUUGUUGUUAUUAUUUAUUCAUUUGUGGUAGCACCCAAAAUGUACUAAAGAAAGCCAUUCUCCCUGUCCCCAUAUGCUUACCUACGUCUUUCUUUGUUAUCCUCUGAGUGUUGAAAUGGCAAAUGUCUAUUGCUGGCUAAUUAGUAUUUUAUGUUAUAUUUCAGAGUAGCAGCCGUGUUAGUCUGUAUUCGCAAAAAGAAAAGGAGGGCUUGUGGCACCUUAGAGACUAACAAAUUUAUUUGAGCAUAAGCUUUCGUGAGCUACAUGCAUCUGAUGAAGUGAGCUGUAGCUCACGAAAGCUUAUGCUCAAAUAAAUUUGUUAGUCUCUAAGGUGCCACAAGUCCUCCUUUUCUUUAUUAUAUUUGUUACAGUUUGAAAUUUAACUUGUUCCGCCCUGUAAUUAGACGUGGGAAUAAGAAUUUUUUUUUUAAACACCUUUUAGUUGAAGGUCCUGGAAGUUUCUAAAUAGAUCUUGCAGCCAAAAUUAAAACAAUAGUAACAAUAGAUGAGGGAGAGUUCCAAUUUUGGUGUAACAGUGACUUCAAAAACAGAUUGACUGAGUUUAAGGUUCAUGGAGUCAGUAAAUUCUGAGAGUAUCGCAGUGUGAUUAACCAAAACGGCCACUGGCAAUUGCAAGGAAAGACCUUUGAAAUUUGUUUUUAAAUGCCUGUAAUUCUCCACCUGAAAAAUAAAACCUGUGAUUUGCCAUGGAUUAAAGACGUUUGGUUGUCUAAGUCUUUGCUUGACUUGGUUGCUCCAUCCCUUUAUAUGUCAAAUUUGCAUGGAGCAUUUCAAUCUUUCUUUAACUCUUGGCCAGUCAGACAGUGACUCGAUGUCAAUCAAAGGUUAUGAUUAUUGUGUUAUGAGGUCAUAGGCCACCCAUGGACUUGGAGGGCCAAAUUCUGCCCUUGGAUAUGCAUGACACAACUUCCAUUGAUAUCAGCAGACAUAGCACACACAUUCCAAAGGCAGAAUAUAGCCACCAACACCUCUUGCACCGUGUCCUUGGAAUACUCCGUGGCAAGGAUCUGCUGCUAGAACCAGGCUGUGAUCGUUAAUCCUAUUCUGAAUUGAGAGGUAGUGGGUGACUUCUUCGGGCUUGAUUCUGCAAGCCGUCCCAGGAGUAGACCCACUGCAAUCAGCAGCUAUUAAAUCAGUAAGCCCUGUGGCCUGGUAGGGUCAAACAUGCACCCGCUUACAUUCCUCAUGUGUUAUACAGAGGACAGAACAGGCAUGCGGUCUUUGGAGGAUGAAACGGUAGAGUAACUAAUGGAGGGCUCAUUCCUGCUCUUCAACAAAAUUCCCUGUGAAGUCAGAGCAAAUCUUGUUCUUUAUAUUUCCCUCCUGCCAUUUGUAAAGGUGCCUUUCUCUUUUGCUGGUAUGAAAACCUCACUGGCCCUUCUGCCAAGAGAAGUCUCUGCAUCUCUCUUUUAAUUUCUUGUGUUGGUUUUUCUGUGAACAAAUGCUGGGAAGUGGGUUGCAGAAUAUGGAACUCAUUAGAAGUAAGGAUCACAGAAGGAUGUGGGUCUAAAUGUUUUCAUGCAUCUGAAGUGAAUUUUAAGGAAAUGUCUGUCCACAAUUUACUUUCUGCUUUUCCAAUACCAUUUGGGAGAAAAUGGAGUUAUCAAAGCAGGUAAUAAACUUUGCAGCUUUCUGCUUCAAAAUGCACAAGUAACCUGUCUUAAAGUGAAUACAAUAGCUGCACUAAGCCAGAAGAGAGUGUAUGUAUGCGUGUGUGUGGAUAGGGGAGGUUAAAUCUGCCAUUUAGGAGAUUUUUAAAACAGUACGAGAGAUUAAAAAUAAAUGUAAAAUAUUUAUUUAUCGGCGAAAGUACAUCAAACUGCAUUUUCAUCCAUCUUUUCAUGGCUUUAUGUUUGUUUUAUUUAACAAGUCUUUGCCCGCCUGUUUCCCCUGCAGUGUGUUUUCCCACUGCUGCUCACCAGUUCCUAACCUCAGAGGCCCUUAUAAGAAUACAUGAGCUGGUAACAUAGGCUAUAUGACAAAGACAUAAAUUCUGUGGCUGAUCCAAAGCUCUUAUGUCAAGAUAGAUGAAAAUGGUUGAAAAUGACAUUGAAAUGUAUUGAAAAGCUGGGCAAUUUGGCUAGAAAGCUUUUGUUUCACUUCCUUGCAUCGGCUAGGUAGCUCUUCCCUCCUGAAAAACAAAACAACCCAAACCAUAAUGUAGGGCCCCGAUCUAAUUGCUAUUGUCUUUUGUGGGAGUUGAAUUAGGCUGAGAUAUUGCAAGUGUUCAAGUGUUUUCCAGGCAAUCAUGUACAUCUUCAUGCCAUAUUGUAUUUCUCUUCUGUGUAUGAUCUGCCACAGCAAGUUACUGUGAACAAGUGUUAGAGAUAUGGUUUGCAAAAAAAAAGCUGCCAGAUUUGGGCCAUGUGCCUGUUAAUGAGAAUUCACCGUCAUAAAGAUUCCUCCAAACUUCUGCUUUAAGAGUAUUUUAAAGUAAAAGUCCUCCUAGCGCGUGCAUGUUUGUUUCAUCCCAAACUGUGGGGUGCUUUGAAUUAGGAAGAUGAUCAACAGUCAGAAGCUGACAUUAGAGCCAGCUGUGUGACAAUGUGUGUGCUGUAAUUUAAUAUUGUGUGUGUGUGUGUGUGUGUGUUUUUUUUUUUUAGUUAAACAAUUUACGAAUCAGCGUUCUAUUGCAUUGAGGACAUGGGUGAAGUAUUGGAACAGGUGUUCUUUACAUCACUACUGUCUGUCCUUCCCCCCUAUCCCUAUCCCGAAACUUCAACAAAUUAAAAUGGGAGAUGAUAUUUUUACUUGAAAAAAACUGGUAGCAGGAGAGGAACUCUACUACCCUCUGGUCUUAUUUCUCAGGAUAUUCAUAGGGUUAAUACUGCUGCUGAGAGAAGUGGGGAAUAAUACCUUUUUGAAACUUCAACCACUGUAACCAUUGUCCAGCCAUGUGUUUGCUAAACUUGGCACUGUGUGUACGUGUUCUGCUCAGUGUUGUGUUCAACCAUCAAAUGAUUCAGACAACUGCUUGGAAGGAAAAAACAAAACAACAAUAACCUCUUUGCUGAGACUUUUCAUAACCACGCGUGAACUGGUGGUAUGGGAUUAAAUAUUCUAAGAACCGGGCUUCUUUAUAACAAUGGUAUGUCGGUCGAGUUCAGAAAAUGUACAAAAGAAUAAAGGAAAUUUUUAAAA